AGGAAGGAGGGUGAAACACGUAAAGCCCCACGCGCUCCCUUUAUUCCAGGCUCGCGGGCUCUUCGCUUGGUCUCCUGCUCUCUUGAAGCAGCCGACACACGCUCGCGCGCGCGCCCUGACAGGUGUGCUUUUGGUAACCCCCCUAUCAAGAAUAAUUAAUCGGUGGCAGAGGUCUUUGAGAAAUGCGGACGCGGUGUUUGAAGGAGAGCAGCUGCCGUGUUCGUCCUCUCUGCCAGCAUCAGUUCCGCUCCUGCCGCUUCUUCAUCUAACGGCGCAGCAUCGAGACAAUCCCCGGGACUAUGAGAGCAUCAUGCUCCCAGUGAGAUGCCUGCUGUUCGCCGCAGUCUGUGCGAGCUGCGCCGAGACGGGUGUGAGGCUGGAGGGGAGGUUGCCCUCUGCAGAGGAGGUCGUCCAGCCCAAGCGGCUCUUGCAACAGAUCCACUCAGAGGAAGAGCUUCUGCACAGUCACCUGGACACCCGGGUCAGAAACCUGCCAGAUGGCAUGCAGCAGCCCAUCCAUUUGGCUCAGAGCAGCUUCCUGGUGGAGGCCUUUGGCUCAUCAUUCAUCCUUGACCUGGAACUGAACCACCAACUCCUGUCUAUGGACUAUCUGGAGCGCCACUUUGACGGCGGGGAGCUGUCCCAAAAUAUGGGCGGGGAGCAUUGCUACUACCAUGGGCGAGUGCGGGGGCUGCCUGGCUCCUGGGCUGCAGUGUCUACCUGCCAUGGCCUGCAGGGGAUGUUUUCUGAUGGCAACUUCUCUUAUGGGAUUGAACCUGUUGGCAAUGGAGAGAAAGACCACGUUGUGUAUCGUAUGCCCAAUAUUGAUCUCUUCUCACCUCCUUGUCCAGGAUGCUUCAUGAACAGCACAGAGCCUGAGGGGCAAAUAAAAGGAGAUGUUGUGGUGAAGGAUGGAGACAUCAAGUCUGAAGAAGACAGAUCUGUUUUCACCAGGAUCCGGAGGCGCUCAAAAAGACAAGUGAGGCGAGGCCAACGCACUGUUCAAACUGAGACCAAGUACAUUGAGCUGAUGAUCGUCAAUGACUAUGAGCUGUUUGUGCAGCUCCGCAGAUCAACCACGCAAGCAAAGAUUUUUGCCAAAUCCGUGGUGAACUUGGCAGAUUUGAUCUACAAGGAGCAGCUCAACACCCGCAUUGUCCUGGUGGCCAUGGAAACCUGGUCGUCUGAAAACAAGAUCGCCAUUGGUGAUGAUGCCUUGCUGACCCUGCGAGACUUCAUGAAGUACAGGAAGGAGAGCAUCAAGCAGCGCUAUGAUGCUGUACACCUCUUCUCAGGGCGGACGUUCAGGAGCAGCCGCAGCGAGGCAUCUUACAUUGGGGGCAUCUGCUCGCUGACAAGGGGUGGGGGCAUCAAUGAGUUUGGCAGUGUGGGUCCGAUGGCCAUCACUCUGUGUCAGAGUCUUGGGCAGAACAUCGGCAUGCUUAGGAACAAAGAUCAAACAGCCGCAGGAGGCUGCAGGUGUCCAGAUUGGUCGGGCUGCAUCAUGGAGGAUACAGGCUAUUACCUGCCGAGGAAGUUCUCCCGCUGCAGUAUAGAUCAGUACCUACGCUUCCUCCAGCAAGGAGGGGGGAGCUGCCUGUUUAACAAGCCGACAAAGCUUUUAGACCCGCCAGAGUGUGGCAAUGGAUAUGUGGAGCUGGGAGAGCAAUGUGACUGUGGAUCACUGGUGGACUGUACUCAAAGUGGAGCCAACUGUUGUAAGAAGUGCACUUUGACCCACAACGCCAUGUGCAGCAAUGGGCUCUGUUGCAGGGACUGCAAGUAUGAGCUCAGAGGAGUGACGUGCCGUGGUGCUGUGAAUGACUGCGACAUUCCUGAGACCUGCACAGGAGACUCCAGCCAGUGUCCUCACAAUGUCCACAAGCUGGACGGGUACACAUGUGAAGCGGGCCAGGGUCGGUGUUAUGGUGGCCGCUGUAAGACCAGAGAUGGCCAGUGCAGAAGUCUGUGGGGCUUCAACUCAGCUGACAGAUUUUGUUAUGAAAAGCUUAAUUCGGAGGGAACAGAGAAAGGGAACUGUGGACCGAACCCCGGAGGGCAGGGAUGGCUGCCGUGCAACAAACAAGAUGUUCUGUGUGGGCUGCUGCUUUGCACCAAUCUAACAGAAAGGCCCAGAUUUGGUGAACUGCAGGGAAAGCUCACCAGUUUGACAAUCCAUCACCAAAGCAGAUACCUGGACUGCAGUGGGGGUCAUGCAGUGCUGGAUGAUGGUCUGGAUCUAGGCUACGUGGAGGACGGGACGCCGUGUGGGCCAAACAUGAUGUGUUUGGAGCGCCGAUGCCUUCCUGUCCCCACCUUCAACCUCAGCUCCUGCCCAGGCUCCCCAACCUCACACAUCUGCUCCAACCAUGGGACCUGCAGUAAUGAGGUGAAGUGUAUCUGUGAUCCUGAAUACACCGGAAAGGACUGCAGCGUGUUCGACCCGAGCCCCUCUCCAACCCCAGCAGAGGACCUAGAAAAAAGAGGGCCCAGUGGAACCAAUAUCAUAAUAGGUUCAGUUGCCGGUGCAAUUCUGAUAGCUGCAAUAAUCCUGGGGGGAACUGGCUGGGGAUUCAAGAACAUCAGGAAAGGACGAUCUUCAGGAGUCUGAAUUGUGUUUCCUGUCUUCCUUCUAUCCUGUCCCCUUUGAGGGAAGAGAACAGAGCCGUCUUCUUCUUCCUCAGCCAUCGGGUCUUUUUAUUUAUUUUUUUUCCUAUCUCCUGCUCCGACCGUUGAUUCUAACUCCAGCUGAGUUUAGUCUGCCUGGAGAAAAAACAUCUGAAUGAUGGGGAAGUCAGGAGGAAGAAGGAUCUUCCCAAUGUUCUUGCCGGCAGUCGUUGGAUUUGUAUGGGAGCUGAUUUCUACGUUACAGUUGACCGCAUCGCUUCCUGUUUUCUUCUUAUUUAACCUCAUGGUUCUGGACACAGACUGUAGAUCCGACUCUUAUGUUUCCCCCCUUUAAGUAAUUAAAACAAACCUCUGAGUUCCUGGAGCAGCCUUCUCCUCUCUAUGAUGGGACUUUACCUGCAAUACAGGUGGUUCAAAUAUCAUUUAUUGUAAUUGAAAGUUGGCAUUUUGUCCACUCAGACAUGCCGUAGAUUAGAACUGUACAUUCCACAAUAAUAGCCAUAAUUUCUGCUCUUAUGCUGCCUUGAUAUGAUAUAUGUGCUACAGGACCUUUUAAAGGAAGCUUGUUCUUAAAGACAUCGGAACAGCCUGACGGAAAAUUGCACAUGUCUGCACUGAAUGUAUUCUCCCUGCUGUAAAAUAUAUAAUCCAUAUCCAAACUUAUAUAUUUACAUAUGUACAUAUAUUCAGACAUAGGAAAAGGUUUAGGAGCUUCUUAGUUUGGGGGAUUUUUUAUUUGUUUAUAACUGACAGAGCUCUCGAAGUAGCACUUUCCUUUUACUAUAUCAUUUCUUAUGAAAGCUGUAAAAAGGGAGUGAUAACAUGUUUAUUGGAGUAACAGAAAAUAUGAAUUAUUACAGAAUUAGACCGAGUUAGAAUUAGCGUCCUCUUCUAAAUAUAGCCUCUAGAUCCCUCCUGUUAGCCUUUGUGGAGUUUCUAGAUCAGAGGUCUUCAUUACCCUAUCCCCAACCCUCCAUAUUUAACUUUCUGAUUUUUGUAAAAGAAAUUAUCUCAGUGGUCGACCUCCAUCUUUGUGUCGCUAUUAGUCACAGCCAAAGCCCAAGUAAUUAUCUGUUACAAACAUUUAAAUCAGUAAAUUUGCAAAUGUCCACAUCUUUGCACACUUUUUUCAACUUUAGUGCACUUCUUACAUCAAAAUCAAAUAUUUACAUACCCCCUUUAAUCUCAGCCUACUGUCAGAAAAACAAGCCACUAGUGUCCGUACUCAAAAAAAUAAAAAUAAAUAAAAAGGAUUUGCUAAUAAUCUUUAUUUGGUAACUAUCCCAGUACUCGGAUGUUCCUCAGAAUGGUAAAUAUGCUGCUGUUUCUUUUUACAUUAAAGUACAGGGAAUUAUUGUGAAGGCUUCGCAAACUUUUUCUUAUGACGUUACAUAUGCAUACAGAAAUGCUAAACAUGGGUGCUGUUGUAAAUAGCUUAGAGUCUAAAUUAGACAGCAGUGACUUACUGCCACUGUGAACGGAAGCACAAGUCUUUUACAGAGACUCUUCUUCCUGCCUCCAAUAGAGGAAAUAGUCAGAAAGGGUCUAAAUACAACAGUUGGCGACUGUCAUGUUACAUAUAUGCCUCAGAGAGAUUUAAACACAACGCCAGGGUGUGUAAUUGACACAUCAGGUCAGGAAUCUCCUGCUGGGACUUGGAAACUCCUGUAUACAGUUUUUACAUUUUGUCCUGUUGAAACCGCAAACCUGAUUUUAUGCGAAAGAUCAACACAAAGUGAUCGUUUGAUGCUGAAGUGGGGUUUUGGGUUACAUCUCUUCCAACUUUGAAUUUGGUUCACUUUUCUUUGGCAAAGUUUCAUUUCAAUCAGGUUCUGUCACCUGCCUUGACUCAUGUAAACUUAAGCGUCCUCUCAUUCUUAAUCUACAGAGCUCAAUACGUCAUUGGUUCCCCUGUGCAGCUAUGGAAGCUUAACCCUUCAGGAAACGCUGUCAUAUGGUCUAGGAGAGGGUUUAUGGGAAGUUUCGGACAUUUUUUUGGAGGUCACACCCUGAUGUUGGAUGAGAAGGCCUGGCUCUCAGCCUCCGCUCUAAUUCAUCCCAAAGGUGUUUUGUUGGGUUAUCGUCAGGAAUCCAUGCAGCCCAGUCAGGCUAAUACCAAAUUUUUUACACACAUUAAUUUAAUGACCUUGCUGCACAUGCAUUUUUCCUAUUGGAAGAGGAAGUGAUCAUGUUCAAACAACUCCCACAAAAUUCAAUGAUGCAGAAGCACGAUUACUAAAUCACUGCAAAAACUAUCUAGAAAUAAGUGCAAGUUGCUUAAAAUAAGUGCAUUUACCCUUAAAUUUAAGUAGGUAAAUAAGACAAUCUUCUAACGGAAUGAGUCGUUUUACUCUUGGAUAAGAUCAUUAGAUUGUACACUUUUUUGCACUUGAAAUAAUGAAA